UUUUCAUUAACUAUUAACAACACUGUUUAUAAAAUUGUAACAAUUGCAAAAUUAUUUAUUUGCUCUUGAUUAAAACGUUAAUUACUUACAUUCCGUUUACUCAAUUGUAGUUCAACAAGUGGACAGUGAAAUAAAGAUAUAUUCUUAAUAGCCGAGUGGAGCUAAUUGUGAAUGAGCGUGACACUCGCAUAGAGGAGAUAAAGAAAACAAUAAAAAUCCAGUUCUUAACCUAAAAAUUCCAUAAUUACAUUUUUAUAAAAUAGAAAAAAAAAAAAAAUAAAUAAAUAAUAAUAAUAAUAAAAAUAAAAACAGAAAGAGAUAGAGAAAUUUCCUCCCAACUGUAGCGUUAUACAAAUAGUGAACAGGCAUACGGACUAUUAAUUUGCCGAGAUAGACAAACAACAACAAAAAUGGGGAAUGUUUUCGCUAAUUUAUUCAAAGGUCUCUUUGGUAAAAAGGAAAUGAGAAUAUUAAUGGUCGGUUUGGACGCCGCUGGUAAAACCACAAUUUUGUACAAACUUAAAUUAGGCGAAAUUGUAACAACGAUACCUACCAUUGGUUUCAAUGUGGAGACUGUAGAAUACAAGAAUAUUAGCUUUACAGUAUGGGAUGUGGGCGGUCAAGAUAAAAUUCGUCCAUUAUGGAGGCAUUACUUCCAAAAUACACAAGGUCUCAUUUUUGUCGUUGACAGCAAUGACAGAGAACGUAUCGGCGAAGCGAGAGAAGAAUUAAUGCGUAUGUUGGCUGAGGAUGAGCUCAGAGAUGCUGUUCUACUAAUAUUCGCUAACAAACAGGAUCUGCCAAAUGCAAUGAACGCGGCUGAAAUUACCGAUAAACUCGGUUUACAUUCACUCAGAAACCGCAAUUGGUAUAUACAGGCGACGUGUGCAACUAGCGGUGACGGUCUUUAUGAGGGGCUCGAUUGGUUAUCCAAUCAACUUAAAAAUGCUAACCGUUAAAAGAAAAAUAUUCUGUAUCUUAAUUAGCAUUAGCGGCCGUAUCAACAGCAGCAGUAGUAACAACAACAACAACAACAACAACAACAAACACAAAAAA